AAACUCUAAGAGUAGAACACAAUCAGCGUGUGUAACAUCUUUCUUCUCUGUAAUUCCUGAUGCCGACUCUUUAUCCUCUUGUCCUGUAGGUGAUGUACCUGUGGCUGGGGAGGGGCUGUAAUGAGGUGUUCAUUAGAGACGUCCUGGGCUGUUCUGACUACCCAUCCGUACCUGUCAGCAUGACCGAGAUCCCAAUGUUGGAGACGGCAGCUUCCGAAAGAACCAGAGCCUUCGUGUCUUGGCUUCAGGAAUCCAGAGGAUUUUGCGCCGCCUUCUACGUGCUCAAAGACGACGCUUCAGCAAAGAGCAGUUUCUUCCAGCACCUGGUCGAGGACCGUUCCGAAUCGGCGUUCUCCUACUACGAGUUUCUUCUCCAUGUCCAGCAACAGCUGUCCAAAUAGAACCGAGCACGGUCUCGACAACACCAUGGACCCCAGUCCGGCAGGACGCCGCCCCGGCGCCUCGCCACGACACGAACCCCUCCCACCUCCCACUGGCCAGUCACAGCCCGUGGUGCCUGAAAGUGGGGCGGGGCUAGAGACCAUUGCAGGAAAAAAACAAACAAACAAAGCAGCAAAAUGAACACGUGACCCAGCGCAAAACUGUGUUGACAAGAUAAAAGACGCUCUACCCUUUACACACACUCUGCGAACUUCAGUCUUCAAACUUUUUCCUCCCCUCAAAUGUUUAGCCGCAUUUAUAUCACCCAGCGCCGAGUCUGUAUCCGUGUCUCUUACUUUUAAAUAACUUCCCCCUUCAUCCAUUUAUCAUGUGUGCUCACCGGACCCUGUGAUUUAAGUUCCGUAGCUGUUAAUAACACCGCCGUUUUUCUUUCAUUCGCACAUCUCGUUUCUCUCACUGCCUUUCCUCACAACCCUAACACACACUGCUAGUCUGACCUUCUCAUUCUCUUUGCUGAUAUAUACAUCAGUAUCUCACUCUAUUCCUCCUUUCAUUUGUGUCUCCUUAAUUAUUUUUUUCUAAUCACAAGUGUGGGUGUAGUUUUUAACGCCGAGCACUAGUCGAUCUUUAUCCUGUCUUUAGCAGCAACAGGUGGAGCGAUGGCAUAAUCCAAACACACACACACAAACGCAGUAAUGCAUACCUGUAAGAUGCCUGGAUCUGUGCUGUCUCUGAAGCUGAGAUCAUCCUUCUCACUCUCUCUCUGUUUUCUUGGGGAAUUAUGCGAUAAAGCCUUGCUCUCCACUUUAUAGCUCUGGAGAAAAGAAUAUUUUAUGUGCGAUAAUUUAUGAUGAGCUUAUUGAAUAAAAUGAAAGCCUAUUCCUCCUCG